UAGACUGUGGAUACUGUCAUCAUUAGUGACACCAGAAGGCUGGAACCGGUCGCUUGGUCCUCUGCUGUGCGUCGGCCCUAAUUGCAGUCUGCGUUGCAGCCAAAAUGGUCGAUAUCACACAGAAAGGCAAACAAAUACUCCGCUUCCAACACCAAAGGAGAGCGGAUGGGAAAUCAAGGGCCUCUCCACCGACAACUAUCUAUCGAACUAAAAGUUUAGUGUGGCUGUUCUCCAUCAUUUGCUUGAUUGCCCUCUCCCUUGCUUGCUUUUUCUGCCUUCUCCUUCUCUGUGACUCCCAUGAUGUCUUAGCGUCUGCCCGCAGAUCCGGAGAAGGAUUGAGACAAGAGCGAAGAUCUACACGGGUAUGAUGGUGUUGGUCUGUGUUGCAUCUCGACCUUCAGACCGUUUAUAGGGUCUGCAGGACCAGAACUGUUUAUAACCCUACCCUCUCCUCCUUUCCCUACCCCAGGGUUUAUAUGUA